AUGGCGCUGCCUGCCAACUAUAAACACAACAUCCCGGGUCCGUCAAUGCCCCCGCAGCGGAUGCGCCCAUCGGGCUCGUCUGCCGACCGCAAAGACAACUCCAGCCCGUUCAUGCACAACCCGCACGGUAACCCCGCGUUCAAUCCGCAGAAAAUGGGUAAAGCGUCGGCCGCUUCCGAGUCUAAAAUGAUCAAACCGCCCAAGCCACCGGAGAAACCGCUAAUGCCGUACAUGCGCUACUCGCGCAAGGUGUGGGAUUCCAUCAAGGCGUCGAACUCGGACCUCAAACUGUGGGAGGUCGGCAAGAUCAUUGGCCAACAGUGGCGCUUGCUGCCCGAUGGUGAAAAGGAAGAUUACAUCGCGGAGUACGAACUGGAGAAGGCAGAGCACGAGAAGAACAUGAAGGCGUACCAUAAUUCACCGGCCUAUCUCGCCUAUUUAACCGCCCGCAACAAAGUAAAACCGGGUGAUGGCGAUGGGCACGAGACGUCGUCCCGAUCGAGCUCGAAGGGACAACAGGCAGAUCGUCGGAUCGACAUCCAACCGGCGGAAGAUGAAGACGACCCGGACGAUGGCUACUCGUUCAAGCACGUGGCGUACGCGCGCUUUUCGCGCAACCAUCGGCUGAUAAACGAGAUCUUCUCCGACGCCGUUGUACCGGACGUGCGGUCCGUUGUGACCACACAACGCAUGCACGUGUUAAAGCGUCAGGUGCAGUCACUCACCAUGCACCAGAUGAAACUGCAGCACGAGUUGCAGCUAAUCGAGGAAAAGUUCGAAACGCGCAAGCGGAAGUUUUUCGAAUCCAGCGAAACGUUCCAGGAUGAGCUUAAGAAGCACUGCAAGCCGGCGGUUGAUGAGGACACGUUCCAAAAGCUAGUCGAUCGGCAGUACGAGAUGAUGAAGCGGGAUCGUUUGCGCGCUCUUGAGGAAGCUCAGAAACCGCCAACCCCGGCACCGACGACAGCCUCGCAAGCAGCUUCCUCAGGCACCGCCACGCAGCCUCCAGGUGGUCCAACCAAGCCGGAUUCAGAGCCAACCCAAGAGCAGCCAGCAUCCAACGAAUCUGUUGGGUCACAGGCAUCACCGGCUGCUAGUGUAGCUGCUGCUGCUGAUCGUUCACCACUAGCCACCGCUGGAUCGGAUGAAUCUCAAGGAUCGCAGGAUUCAACCACCGGAGCCACUCAACCGAUGGUUGUGGAGAAGAUGGACACAUCAGAAGAACCGAGAGUGGAGGCUAAGGAUGACAAGCCAAUGUCUGUCGGUGCUUCGAAGCCUUCUCCAGAUCCUCAGAAGGAACCGGUUCCUUCGGCUCAGGCACCAGCACCACCACCAUCGCAUGUGCCCGCCAUUCCGGACCAGCAGGUUCCGGCUUCCGUGCUGACACCAGCUGCUGCCGUUCCGCAAGCGCCAACCCCUGUCGUUCCUCCUGCAGUUUCGAUUCCAUCAUCCGAGCCUAAGCCGGAAAUUCCUCCCUCAUCUACCGUUCAUCAUACGGCACCAGCUCAUCCCCCUCCCGGUACCCAUCACGUAGCACCGACGAUGCCUCCGGUCGUCCACGGUGCGUAUGGACCUCAUCCCGGACCAGUUCCACCUGGGGCUCCCGUUCCUCCUCAUCAGGUGCCGGUUGUCCCAACACCUCCUCCACCAUCGCACACUCCAGAGGCGCAAGGACCGCCACCGAAUGUGACCGUGCCACAUCAUCAGCCUCCACCACCACCACCGCAUCAUAUGCCACCGCACAUGCAGCCACACCCGGGUAUGCCGGCGCACGGCACAUUCCCCGGAUAUCCGCACGCCGGUUCGCCCCGUGCACCGUACUAUCUGCCGUCCUACGGAGGACACCCGCAACCGUACGGGCAGUACGGUCACUAUCCGUACCAUCAGCAGUACGCUCCACCACCACCACCGGGUAGCUAUGUUGCGGGUCCUCCGGGAGCGCGUCCUCCCGGGGCUCCCCCUGCAAUGGGCCACUACGGAGAGGUGCAUCCGCACCCGGAAGCGCACCAUGCAUACGGGCCUCCGCCUCCACCGUCGGCGGCUGCUGGAGCCGCACCGGGAGGUAUGCCACCGGUACCGGGUGCCCCUCCGACACCGACCAUGGUCACAGCGACGGCAACCGUCACGCCGCCAACGGCAGCAGUUUCUCAGCCGGAACCGGGGGAGAUUGAACCGGAAAAGGCACCGGUGGCCGCCGCAUCCACACCAGCAUCGAAGAAACGCAAGAAGGGAGCUGCAGCGGCCGCCAAGCACGACGAUGCCGACAAAAAGGACGAUUAAUCAGCCGGAAUCGGUCGAUGGUGUUCAACGGAUUUUACUGAAUUACUAUUA